GUGUUAAUUCAAACUACGAAAGCCAUGGCUGUCGACAACCUCGCAAGUGCGUUGGGUAGUCCUGGAAAAUUUCAAAUGAUUCUCUACAUCUUACUGUGUUGUAACACCUUCUUCGUUGCAUGGAACCACUUGGGGAUGGCUUUCAUGGGAGCAAAAACUAAACAUCACUGCAGGGUUGGAAAUACAACCGACAUUAACGAAGUUGUGCCGCUCUUUAAGAAAGGAGGGAAGAAAGAAUGGGAUGGAUGCAAGCUGUUUGUAAAUGGGAGCACGAAAGAAAAGCAGUCGUGCCAGAAUGGGUGGACGUAUUAUUUAAAAGGACGAGAGCAGACCAUUAUAUCUGAGGUGACUAUCAAUUCAAAUAACUUUAUUUAUACUGAGCAGCUCUUUCAUUUUUUUAACCCUUUAAAUGGCACCUAUUUUAUUUUUUCAAACACACACACUGUCUAACAGUGGCGGCGCCAGGGGGGGGCAAAUGCCCCCCCCCAAAUUAUUUUUUGCUCCCCCAUUUUGCCCCCCCCCCCUCAAAAAAAUUGUUAGUCACUAAGAGCGACUAAAGGCUACACACGCGUUUUGUCGUUAUCGGAAAAUGUAUGGCUUAUAAGUUGUCAUUACUCAUUAGUGAAUGCGCGUAUACAUGAAAUUGUUUUUUACAGUUUCAAUAUUAGUUUGUAAAUCUCUGAAUGGUAAAAUACUCCAAUAAUACGUUUCAAAAUAGACAAAAAAGCUUUAGUGUUGCAGAGUUAAAUUCUCAAACGUGUAAGGCACUAAUAAGAUGAAAGUAUCACGAAAUUAUUUGAAUAAACCACAUCGAAUAUAUGGGGGGCGAAUAUCCUAAAGAGGGGCGAUAUUCCUAGGGUAUUCGCCCCACCCCCCUGGGAGGCGAUAUUCCUAGGAUAUUCGCCCCCGGGGGCGAUAUUCCUAGGAAUAUCGCCCCCCUUUUGAGGGGGGGGGGGCGAAUCUCCUGGGGGGCGACCUUUUUAAAAAUUCUAUCUUGCCCCCCCAAAAUAUGAGUUUGAUUCGGAGGCCUGGCGCCGCCACUGCUGUCUAACCAUAGCCAAUCGAAGGGAAGAUGACUGUGAAACUCAUUAGAAUAACAAUAUAACUCAUUAUAUAUGUUAAUCAACGUUUGUUCAUAAAUCUGCAUGGCCUUCACCGUCACAUGUGUAUGUACAGUAUUUUUUCCAAUUGGGCAUUUCCCAAUCGAGCAGAGGACUGGGUCUAGUUGAUGUUUGGAGGGACAACAAGUUAUAGUGAGCGAGCUAAAUAUAUAUUAAAAGAUGCCUUAUUACAAUUGUUGCGUAUAACUUUAGGAAUAACUUUAGGAAUGUAGAACUAUAGCCAAUCAGAUGCCAGUUCGGAAUAUGCAUUUGGCCAGAGCCUCUCGUCGCACCGUGCGUAAGAAGGGCUCUGGGUACGAGAAUGUUUUUGUCCAUCCAAACAAGCGACUAGACCCAGUCCUCUGCCCGAUUGGGAAAUGGCUAAUAGCAAUUUCCAAUUUUCCUAUUUUUCGAGUCACGGAUAAAUAAUAACUUUCCUAAAACAUACAUUGCUGUUGGUUAGUUGGGCAAAAGUGCAAUACGCACGUCACGGCAAAGGACCAGAUUUAUGAAUAAACGUUGACUAUUAAACUUAGAUAAUGAGUUAUGUUGUUAUUCUAAUGAGUUUCACAGCCAUCUUCCCUUCGAUAGGCUAUGCUCUAACUCAAUGGGUUAUUCGCCACUUGGCAGAUACUGAAGUCUGAUUAAACCAUUGAGUGACAGCACUUUCCCCACUUGAUGAGUAAAAUCUUCAGGCGUUAGACAGACCUAGCUCCCAGGGAGGCCGUGGGCAAGACUGCUGCACCUCCCCUAAAAUGUUUUCUACCUCCCCCGCCAACGUUUUCACAAAAUCCGGUUAAUUGCAUUAACUGUGCAUAUUGCGUUUUAUUUAGUGGGAUUUGGUCUGUGACGAUGCAUACAAAGCCAGUCUCGCAACAACGAUAUAUUUCUGUGGUGUCUUGGUUGGCGGUUUAGUGUUCGGGACAUUAUCAGAUAAAUUUGGCAGACGACCCGUGCUCUUGUUCUGUUUGUACUCACCCAGCGUUCUUGGUAUUUUGAUGUUUCUUAUAAGGGACUAUGUGGCAUUCGUCAUAUUGCGUUUUAUUUUGGGAUUCGUUCUGCAGGUAUAGUCCGAGUUUUGAGCAUCUUCGAUACAACCAUAUAGUUGUAGAUGGUUUUGUAGACGGAAAUGUCGAGUGUGAAUACUUUCUACUUGACCUGGUAACCAGGCGCAAUUGCGAAAAAUGCAAGUAUAGGCCAAUGGUAUAGGCCCUCUGACUCUCUGUCCGUUUCUGUUUACCAAAAAAUCCACACUGUUUACCCGUGUUGCUGACACUGUCACAGAGUAAAUACAUAUACAGAGUUAUAACUAGUGUACCCAUAGGAAUCCCAAUAAAUAUAGUUGUAACAAAUAAAAAGCGUUAAAUCUGUCUAAUUUUGAAUAAAUUUGCAUUGUAUUAACUUGCUUUGUCUGUUUUCAAUCUUGCGCUGUGAAUUCAGUGACGUAAGCAAAUCGCGUAUACGAAGCAUAAGUUAUAGUCGCGAUUUACUUACGUCACUGAAUUCACAGCGCAAGAUUGAAAACAGUCCAAGCACGGUAAUACAAUACAAAUUUAUUCAAAAUUAAUCAAAUUUAACGCUUUUUAUUUGUUACAACUAUAUUUAUUGGGAUUCUAUGGUGUACCCGCUUUUUUAUGCGCACGCUAGGCAAGUUACUAUAUGUAUGCAUCUGAUUGGAUGACGACCUGAUGACGACUCACUUUAACUGCUCGCGGAACUUGCUGAGCACGCGUUUUUUGCCUGGUCGCCUGAAAAAAGUGAGUACAUGAAAACUUGAGCUUCCGCAGUGUUUACGACGGUCAGUUACAGCUCUGUAUGUCUCUACUCUGUGACACUGUGAAUUUAGGUUGUGUUUUUUGUCGCAUGCUAGAUUUACUGAAAUUUUGUUGGCAUCUCACUCUAUAUAAAACAUUUUUUCCGUAUUGAUAUAUAGUUAUAUCAACACUCGUGGAAGUUGAGGAAACUCGAAAUUGUAUGAAAACACUCCGCCCUUCGGGCGUCGUGUUUCCAUACAAUUUCUCGUUUUCCCAAUUCCACUCGUGUUGAUAUAACUGUAUAUCAACACGGAAAAUGUUUUAUAUUUGCAGACUGCGAUUGUUUUAAAUGGUUUAAAAACGACCAAUCUCAUGAUGAGUUCAUUGGCGAAGUAAUUUUAAAAAAUAAACAUUGCCUAAGCCGAGAAAAUCAAAGCUGAUUUUUUUGCAGCCGAGCGUUUUAUGUCUGAUAAAACAUUCCUACUCGCGUUUUGAAAACCUUAAAAUACGACUACAAAAGAAUACUAAUUAGGAUGAACCAUUAUAUAAUCAUACUAAUGAGGAUGAACAAUUAUAUAAUGCCACAUGUGUUUUAUCAGAUAUAAAGUCACUCCACGUGACAUAUUAUGGAUGACAUGAUUUGCCACAAGGUUUAUGAAUUGUUAAUGAUAUUUUAAAUUAUAAUAUUAUUUCUGAGAUUAUAUGUUGUUUGCAUAUCGCUUGUCUAAAUAGCAGGUUAUUAUUUAAGGAUUUUAUAAAGAAAGAUAGACAUGUAAACAUGUUCAGGUCACGUCUUGCUGUACGUUUUAAAGGCACAGUUCAGCCUUUUGAACGAUGGUUUUUAAGGCGCAUUUCAGCCCUUUUAAUUGAAAAAACUAACUAGGAAAAUCAAUUAAGCAUAAUUCAAGAUCACCAAACUUAAUGUUUUUAACAUUUUAAAACAUUUUUAUUGUUAAAAACAUCGAGUUUACUGAUUUUGAAUUAUGCUUAAUUGAUUUUCCUAGUUAGUUUUUUCAAUUAAAAGGGCUGAAAUGCGCCUUAAAAACCAUCGUUCAAAAGGCUGAACUGUGCCUUUAAAGGUGGUCUUCCACUCAAAAUUUUGAUUUUUUCACUUUUUUGAAAGUAGCAAAAUUGUCAUGCCUAUUUAUUAUAUUUUCAUGUUGUAAAGCAUUUUUAACGGUAUUUCUUCGUUAAAUAUGAAAAAAAUGGGAAAUACUGAACAAAUGUGCCAUUAUCCCCUUAGCAACCGCCUUAACAACGAAUAGUUUACCAUGAAUCUUGCCGAUUGGUUUUGAAUAAAAUGUACUAUUACCCACCCCUCCCUGAUUUCUUUUUGGCAGACUCGAUCAGGGACAUUUAACACAUGUUUACAUGAAGUAUUUCGUUCGGGAAAGUGAUUCUGUAAACUGAUUUCAACAGCGAAAGUUCAGGCGAAGCAUAUUUUCACAUUAAUAUUUGUUUGGUGUUAAAACUUGGUUUAAUUUAAAAUGCGACGUGCUCAAUCUGGUUAUUCGAAAAAGCGAAAAUAUUAUGGUAAUCAACACACAGGUCAAAGAAAAGCGUCGGAGAACUGUGGUGAAUCUAUAGGGUGAAUCAUGUCGGCCAUAUUAAAUGACAGCCAAAACGAAAACGAAAAUAAAUCCUUCAAAGCCACAAAAGGUUGCUGAUAAUGGAAUAUUCAAGGGUACACUAAUCGUAAGUGGGAUUCAGUUUGUUGAUAUGACAAUUUUUUCAUCUGUGUUGAGCAUUUUACCAUGCAAUGAAUGUUGCCAGUUGCCUUACUUUGAACGAAAUGGGUUAAAACGAAAAGGGUGUGCCUCUCAUCUGCAGCUACUUUGUUGUUCUUGUGGUUGGAAUAAGCAGUUUUUUACCCAGGCCUCGAUAAAGUGUGCGAGCACCGCUCGCAGGCACCUUUUACAUUUUUGCAGACACAUUUUAAAAUAAUGACAUUUUAACAAUAUUUAGGUCACAAAAUAUAAAUAAGAUGUGUUUUUGCAGGCACAUUUUGAAUUUCGCUCGCAGGCACGAAAAAAUAUUAUCAAGGCCUGUUUUUACCUCACGUCAAGUAUCACGUUUUUUUUAAGUAAACAGGAGGUUUGUGUAUGCUCUAAGAUCCAUUGGUUGUGGUCAUGCUGCAGCAAAACGGUUUUGUGGUCUGAUGAACAUGCCAUCUCAACCAACUCCAUAUUCUCAGUUGCAUGGCAGACAAAGCAAAUAAGACAAAUGAAUACAAACAUGGAGCUGGCUUGCCUGUGGAUAUUACUGUGCAAUUAAAACCAACUUUUGAGAGGCUAAAGCCUGGUUCACACGUUGAAGUAAGCAUAAGCAUGAGCAAGCGGAACCUUUGAUGUAAGCAUAAGAAGAACGCAACAUUUGUUCUUCUUAUGUUUAUGCUUGUGCUUACAUCAAAGGUUCCACUGCUUUUGCUUAUGCUUAUUUCAUCGUGUGAACCAGGCUUAAGUGAUGAUGGCCUGUCGUCAAGGUGUUUAGGUGGCAAGACUCAAAAUCAGAAUGAGCCUCUAAAGGUAUGAUUUGGGAACAGUUGGCAAAACAAACAUUUGUUGGCUCGGACAUACUGCAACUUGGAGUACAUGAUGUUAUUGCCCAUUUCAAUAUUGGAUGUGAAGCUUCUAUGGGGCAGGUGGUUGAAUAGGGGUAUACAAAUCCGCCCAAAUUUGAAGCAAAAUCCGCCGUCCGACAAUGGUCUUGUCUAAAUUUGGAUCUGUUAAAAGCUCUAAAUGAAGUCACAAUCCAGGAUCCGAACUAAAUUGCAAGCAAAGUCCACAAUCCGAGCCAAAAUAUUAGAUAAAUCCACAAACCGCUGUAUUAAUAAGAUCCACAACUCCGUGUAAAAUAUUCGCCAAAUCUGAAAUCCGAACAAUUUUUUCAGUGGAAUCCGACGAUCCGAAAACCUAUUCACCCCCCUUCUAUUCAAGUUCUGAAGAACAUUGGCAUUAAUCGUGGGAAAUAUUGUGAAGCUGAAUGUUGUCAAUAUGACGAUAUGAUAAAUAAAAGACAGACUAUAAGCAACAAGAUAUUGUAAAGAAGUAAAAAGACAAGACUAUAAGGAACAAGAUAUUGUAAAGAAGUAAAAAGACAGACUAUAAGGAACAAGAUAUUGUAAAAUUGUGGACCGAGAAAAGUGCCACGUGGGAGGAAGAAGAAAAAGGGGACAAAGAUGAAGAAAAGGAGGGAGAAACUUAUCCAUGUGGCUCAUUUUAGAUUACUUCAAACAUUUUUGCUGAAAAUGAGCUACAAUUAUGAGGGAUAUCUAUAUAAGUGAGACCACAUAUUAUCUCAAACUUCUCCAUUUGUUAGGAAAAUUCACAUAUAUUUUUACUUGUAAUAAAAUAUAUGAGUAUUUUUGUGGUUCAGAACAUAGAGCAACCAUUUCUGUACACUUUAAGCCUUUUUUUGAGAAUUUUAGACCACUGGUUCUUAAGUUAUCUUUUGCACAAAACAUGGCCGUUUUUCACAGUUGGGGUUGGGGGCCUCCAACCUGUUUACCAUGGCAACAACGUGUGUAUUGAAAACAUAACUUUAUUCAGUGUCACUUUACCUUCCAAGGGUUCUAAUUUUAAAUUUUAAAUUUUGAGUGGAAGACCACCUUAUUAAUUAAGAGGUUUCCAAGAAAGUAGAUCAAGGACCUCAGCAGACAGGGGCGUAGGAAGCGCCAAAAGAUUGGGGUGUACUGGCUUCCAGGGGCACUUUGGGAUAUCGAAAAGGACACCUAAAAAAAUUUUCCUGGAAAUGUUGGCGACGGGAAGAAAUUUUCCUGUCAUACAUACCACACCGAAAUUGCACGUUUUUUACCAAACUUUUUUAAAAACUUGGAAAUUUCCAAACAAAAAGGGCACCUUUAAAGUUAAUUCACGGGCAAUAGGACAGGUGUAGUGUUGUUAAAUAUAAAGUUAGAAAUGGUAUUAUACUUACUCAUGCAUUAUAAUUUGUUUAAAAGAUCAGAAUAUUCAUACCUUCUUAUUUUGUUUCAUAAAUAGUUCUUUAAUGUUCGAAACAAAUUCCAUAUCUGCUUCGUCUGCCAUCGCCAUGUUUACUCGUCCCAAUCUACAUGCUGCACGGCAUUGCCGCCCCUCCUGGCAAAAUAAUAAGCAAGCGAGAAAAAUUAAGGAGAAAUAAGAGGGUAGGAACAUCGUUGUCAUAAGCUGGAUGCAGUGACACUUCCAUAUAUGGCACAAACGUAUCCAUAACUUCCAUAUAUGGCACAAACGUAUCCACGACGCGUUUUAUAACGUUUUAUUUGACGUAUAGGGAUGACGUGUAAUGCUGCUUCCCGCCUAUGACGAUUUGAAUUAGUCAUGUGAUACAAGAUUGAGAAAGCUGAUUCGCCCAGAACGAUGACACGCCCACGAAACGCCCACAAUGUUCCUACCCUCUUAUUUUCUCCUUAAUUUUUCUCGCUUGCUUAUUAUUUGCCAGGAGGGGCGGCAAUGCCGUGCAGCAUGUAGAUUGGGACGAGUAAACAUGGCGAUGGCAGACGAAGCAGAUAUGGAAUUUGUUUCGAAUAAUAUUAAAGAACUAUUUAUGAAACAAAAUCCGAUCUAUGAAUAUUCUGAUCUUUUAAACAAAUUAUAAUGCAUGAGUAAGUAUAAUACCAUUUCUAACUUUAUAUUUAACAACACUACACCUGUCCUAUUGCCCGUGGUUAAUUUAGUAUUUACAGCGACAUUAGCUUGUACAAAAAGGGCACUUUUCAUCACAAAAAUGGUCACUUUUAGUCCUUUGAAAAAAUUGGGGGGAAACCACGUAGCCCCCGUGCCCCCCCCCCCCCCCCCCCCCCCCCCCCCCCCCCGUUCCAACGGCCCUAUCAGCAGAUCAAAAUGAUUUCAUAAUUAUGGCUCCAGUACCCUGGCCCAGAGGUUUUUUUAGCAGCACGGUUCUGGAAAAGCAGUAAUAGUUUACCACGGCUGAAUCAGAGCUUUGUAUACUGUUUGCAAGGUAUUAUCAUGCUUAAUUCGUUUUAGGAUUCCUAUACCUGCACUAAAAUGGUCUUUUUGUAUUUAAAAUUUCAGGGACUCCAAGCAGCAUUCUAUAUUACAAUAGUUGAGCUGUUUGCUUUGAAAUAUCGCAGUAAAGUUGGCACAGUACAAGUGAUUUUCUGGGCAGGUGGUGUGAUGCUUACUGCUCUAAUUGCAUUCGUCAUUCAAGACUGGAAGUAUAUACAGUUAUUUAUAACUCUGACGACAUUACUUCAGAUUGGACUUAUAUGGUAAUUUUCCUUUAAAAAUAAAAGCCAGGAAAGGCACAGCAAAAACAACAACAGUGACUACAAAACAACAGCCUGGCAUCCCUUUGGGGAAAAUGUUGACUGCUCUACAUCGGUAAUUCUACGCAAUGUAUCAGCACCACAAGUUAUCGUCACCAGCACCACCAUCAACCACCAGCACGACCACACCAACUACACGGCAAAAAACGCCGAGCCCGCUGCUCAACAGGACUGAACAAUGUUUUGCUGCCCACGUUGUUCACACUUGUCAACAAUAUUGAACAAUAUUGUUAAGCCUGAAUCGGGUGUAAUUGUAUAAUAAGCCUGAAUCGGGGAAUCCUGUUUUCAUCAGUAUUACAUCAACCUGAGCGUUUUUACGCGUGUACAACACCAGCAACAAUAAAAACAACACCAUUGCCACCACCAUUAUCACGACCACCAUUAUCACGACCACCAUUAUCACGACCACCAUUAUCACGACCACCAUUAUCACCACCACCGUUAUCACCACCACCAUUAUCACCACCACCAUUAUCACCACCACCAUUAUCGCCACCACCGUUAUCGCCACCACCGUUAUCGCCAACGCAAGUAUUACAGCACCAUCAACAGAAACAACAAUAGCAAAAACAACAACAGUAACAACAACAACAGAAACAACGACAACAAUAACAGAAACAACAACAACAGAAACAACUGCAACAACAUGAAACAACAACAACAAUAACAACAACAACAACGGCAACAAUAACAGAAAUAACAGCAAAAACAACAACAAUAACAACAACGGCAACAAUAACAACAUCAACAGCAACAACAUCAACAGCAACAACAUCAACAGCAACAACAACAGCAAUAACAGAAACAACAACAGCAAAAACAACAACAAUAACAACAACAACAGAAAAAACAACAACAAUAACAACAGAAACAAUAACAACGACAACAAUGACAGAAACAACAACAACAACAGAAACAAUGGCAACAAUAACAGAAACAACAACAGCAAAAACAACAACAACAGAAACAACAACGGUAACAAUAACAGAAACAACAACAGAAACAACAACAGAAACAGCAAAUACAAUAAAGUAUUUUUUAUUUUGGCUAUAUAGUAUAUGCUCCCACACAAAAAUCCAAGCCUAUAGAAGAUUAUGUAAACUCUUGAUUCUUUACUCUAGGUUUCUACCAGAAUCAUUUCGCUGGCUGAUAGCACAGAAGAGAUUCGAUAAGGCAGAAGCGGUUGUCAUAAAAAUUGUCAAAUUCAAUAAUUUGGAAUUUCCACAAGAUAUCUUCGAUGACACUGUUGAGAAAAAUAAAGCUGACGAAAAAACACCGACUGAUAGUAAAAAAUACACUAUUAUUGAUCUGUUCAGAUUCCGUGUGUUGAGAAAACGUUCUGUCAUCCUGGCUUGUAUAUGGUAAAUAUUUCUCUAGCGUAUAUAAUUUUGCGAGGGGGGCUUUGGGACGUACUAGAAAUCGAGAAACUGCAGAAGAAAUAAUCUAAAACCAAUGAUUUUCUAUAUUUUAGGUUUUCAACUUCAAUUGGGUACUACGGUAUAUCUCUAAACAUCUCAAGUUUAGCAGGAAAUAAAUAUCUGAAUUUCUUUAUCGGUGGACUUCUGGAACUUAUGGCAUAUAUCUUGACUGUUUUUGUCACAGAAAGGUAAAGAAUUGUUUGUGAAUGAUCUUAGUCUCUCCCAUAUCCUUUACCAGUCAAGUCACACUUUUGUUGGCUUGUAUCAGAAUUUGAUGCUUUUCAAAUUGAGAAAGGAUUAGCCCCCUAGUGUCUGUUACUCGUCGAUCUAUGUAUUUUGUUCCACAAUGCAUCUGACCGGCUGCCUUUCGUUUUGUUAUCUGCUCAUACCAUCCCUCCCUUGCUUGCUUUCCUCGCCUUAUUUCCAAUGUCUACCACACAACAUCUUCUGAUCUCUUUAUUCCACAAUGCCUCUGACCGGCUCUCCUUCAUCUCUUCUUAGUAUGUGUCCAUACCAUUUCAACCUUGCUUCCUUCACCUUCUCUGCAAUGUCUACCACACCACAUCUUCUGAUCUCUUCAUUCCAUAAUGUCUUUGACCAACUCUUCCUCAUCUCUUCUUAUUACAUGUCCACAUCGUCUCAAACUUGCUUUCCUAGCCAUAUCUUCAAUAUCUACAACCCCACAUCUUCUUAUCUCUUCAUUCCACAACGUCUCUGACCGGCUCUUCUUCAUAUCUUCCUAUGAUAUGCCUACACCAUCUCAACCUUACCUCCUUUAACUUCUCUCCAAUAUCUACCACCCCACAAGUUCUGAUCUGUUCAUUCCAACAUAACGUCUAACGGCCCUACUUCAUCUCUUCUUAUUACGUGACCAUGUCAUCUCAGCCUUGCUUCCCUCGCAUUCCACGCAUCUUUUUCUGAUCUCUUCAUUCCAUAAUGUCUCUGACGAGUAUUCUAAAUCUCUUAGUAUUAAUUCGUCCAUGUCAUCUUACUCUUACUGAGCCAUGUCAUCUUACUCUUACUGAGCCAUGUCAUCUUACCCUUACUGUCAGCUUCCCUCACUUUCUCUGGAAUAUUACCACCCCACGCCUUCUUCCGAUCUGUUCAUUUCUCGUCUCCUUCUUCGACAAUAAAACGUCCAUCCCAGUAACAACCCUCUCAUGUGUGCAUGAUAUGUUCCUAUGUGUGAAAUUACUUCAAAUUUUCCUGCGCUGCUGACGCCUUUUGUACAUGUAAGCGCGAGAGUUUCAAUUUCAACCAGCCCAAAAGUUGCUGAGAGUGCAUGAGAAUUUUCAAAUGCGGUCAAACGCGAGCAAGAGUUCUCAUCAAAACUCAUCAACUGCAAUCAUCGUUUGACCAGGGUUUACAGUAUCUUCAAAUGUUAAAAAUUGUUUCUGCAGAUUUGGUCGUCGAAAGCCACUAUGCGCAUAUCUCCUCAUGGGAUCUAUAAUGAACAUUGCCGCUGGCGUGCUCUCUGAGAAAGCAGGUUAGUUCAUGUUGUUUUCAAACAGAGGUUGUUUUUUAAAUGUGUCUCCGGUGGGGAUGGAAUCGGAAGCAGCUAGGAAUGCAUCUGCACUAGGAAUGCAUCCCGCCAUGUUUAUAUGUCGUCCAACCGACUGUACAGUUUCUAAAAUUGCUGCAAGGCUGCCAGAUUUUUCACAGGAGAAGGAAGUCGUGCGAUUGCACUGCAUCCUUACACUGUGCCAAAAAUGGUAGCACUAAAUUUCAAGUGUUUGGUGGACAUUUGUGUUCACGGGGAUAAUGAUGGUGACGGUGAUGAUGAUGGUGACGGGGAUGGUGGUGGUGGUGGUGGCGACGGUGGUGGCGACGGUGGUGGUGACGGUAACGGUGAUGGUAACGGUGAUGGUAACGGUGACGGUGAUGGUGACGGUGAUGGUAACGGUGAUGGUAACGGUGAUGGUAACGGUGAUGGUGAUGGUGAUGGUGACGGUGAUGGUGACGGUGAUGGUGACGAUGAUGAUGGUGGUGACGAUGAUAGUGACGAUGAUGAUGAUGAUAAUGACGGGGGUGAUGAUGAUAAUGACGGGGGUGAUGAUGAUAAUGACGGGGGUGAUGAGGAUAAUGACGGGGGUGAUGUGGCGAAUGAUGGUGAUGUGGCGUAUGAUGGUGAUGAUGAUGAUGGUAAUGGUGGUGAUCGUGAUGGUGAUGGUGGUGAUGGUGAUGGUGAUGAUGUAACAGCAUUGUACACCGAUAGAAAUGUUUUUAUCAAGGUUGCCAGGUGGAUCUAACUAUCUGAAAAAUUCUGAGAAAACUUUGACGUUUCGAUUGUUGAACAUCGCCUACACACGAACGCCACAUGUAAGGUCAUUUACCGUGCACUGUAAAGAAAGGAAGUCAAGAAAAUCUUACUUACUGAAGAUAGAAGAAGUAUGGAAUACUACAGCUUCAAUUAUUAGUUGGUUUGAGCAUGCGCUACUGGAUAGCAAAUGGUGGUCCGCUUCAGAAAUGGUGAAAAUCCCGAUGGAACUUUGAUCAGUACUGCAGUCUCCCAGACAGGGUUGGGUAACGUUUGCCGCUACCUAACGUUGUCAGUGGAACUGCGAUACUUAAUAGACCGAUAAUUAACUGAUGAAAUAUCAGACUAUGAACUGGCGAUAUAAAGACUAUGGGAACCAGGCCAAUUUACUGAGUACCACUUCUCGCGGCUUCAUAUCCCGGCGUUGUACACACGGUGUGAAAUCUGUGAUUUGCUGUUGCAAAGCUUGUAUCUUUCUCCAUACUUAUCUUUAUCUCUCUAUCUUUAUCUGUUUUCCACUUGAAACGUAUCGCGGGAAGUAUAGCGUAUGUAUUUCUUUCGUGAGCACUCAGAUAGAAUUUAUGUCUUUGACACAAAGAAGUGCGUUGUAUUUCGUUUCGAUGCGGUUGGAGUGGAAAUGGUAAAUAUGAAGAUGAUAAUAAUAAUAAUAAAAGCACACAGGCUACGAUUUAAAGCCCGUUUUCCACCUGGCGAAUUUGUUUUGUCAACAUCGCUUAUCCCGUCCGCAAAAGCGAUGCCGCCAAUGGAAAAAGUCGCUUCGUGCGAACAAAUUCGCCUAGCGGAAAACGGGCUUUAAAUCGUAGCCUGUGCGCUUUUAUUUAGUCGGCCGAUAAUGGUUUAGGUGCAUGUUAACGAAAAAGCUUUGUUAAAUACCAUGCAAAUAUCAUACAAAAAAAUUCUUUAUACAAUAUCAUGAAUUUGUGUUAAUAGCCGUCGCCGUCUUCAUCACUUCAAUCAUCACCACCAUCAUCACUAUCACUAUCAUUACAAUCACCAUCGUUAUCAUCACUACGCCAUCAUCAUCACCACCAUCAUCACUAUCACCAUCAUCAUUACAAUCACCAUCAUCGUUAUCACUAUGCCACCACCAUCAUCAUCAUCAUCACCACCAUCAUCACUAUCACCAUCAUCAUUACAAUCACCAUCAUCGUUAUCAUCACUACGCCAUCACCAUCAUCAUCAUCACCAUCAUCAUCACCACCAUCAUCACUAUCACCAUCAUUACAAUCACCAUCAUCGUUAUCAUCACUACGCCAUCAUCAUCAUCAUCACCGUCAUCAUCACCACCAUCAUCACUAUCACCAUCAUCAUUACAAUCACCAUCAUCGUUAUCAUUACCAUCAUCGUUAUCAUCACUACGCCAUCACCAUCUCAUCAUCACCACUAUCACCAUCAUCAUUACAAUCACCAUCAUCGUUAUCAUCACUACGCCAUCAUCAUCACAUCAUCACUACGUUUUCUCGGAUAAGAAUGUUAAAACCGUAAGCAUUCAGAGACCUCGUUCGUGUUUUGUUAAUUUUUUUUAUAAACUUUUGAUAAUGAUGAUAACUAUUGUCGCCAAAAUGAUUGUAAGAUGCAUUUCUGAGUUCACGGCCGUCCGAGUAGACAUUGCAGACUCGAUUGUCGAAACGUCGAGUCGUGAAUGUAAUUUAUAUGGGGAUUGCAUUAAUUUACUUAUACCAGAGUUGACACUAGACUAGAAUGUCGAAAGGUUGAGUCAUGAAUGUAAUUUAUGUGGGGAUUGCAUCAAUUUACUUAUACCAGAGUUGACACUAGACUAGAAUGUCGAAAGGUUGAGUCGUGAAUGUAAUUUAUGUGGGGAUUGCAUUAAUUUACAAAAACCAGAGUUGACACUAGACUAGAAUGUCGAAACGUUGAGUCAUGAAUGUAAUUUGUUCGGAGAUUACAUCCAUUUACUUAAACGAGUGUAGCGAGUGAAACAUUUAUGAUAAAUUUAUAUUUGUUAUUUCCCUAGAUAGCGAAGCCCUCCAGAAUUUAACGACGGCGCUUGCUAUCAUAGGAAAAGUCGGAUUUGCUGGGUCGUUCAGUGUUCUGUUUAUUUAUACAUCGGAAUUAUUUCCUACUGAAAUCAGG